UCACAGGGCUCCAACCAACAGCCAAACGAAAACAAGUUGACGGGAUAGGAUGUGGCUGUAGUUACAGGAACAAGGUGGUGUCGUUACGUCCGAAACUGAAGUAUACCGGCGCCAUGCAGCGCACAGCACAUCAACAACAUGCAGUAGAACAUUUUGGGCUCUUCUAUCCCUCAUAUAUGUGCCCAGAACCAGUUCUCUGUAUUAGAGCCACUGGUAAAAUGCCCCGUAUCCGGAUCAAAGGACCUCGGGAAUGUGAAUCGAAAGCAGCUAAAGAUAUAAUAACACCACCUUCAGAACCUGUAGACUAUCCAGCCAAAGAAAGCUACACCUUCACAAGACAGCCCAGAAUUGAUUCAAAGGACAAUGAACUCGGUAUUAUUUCCGUCAACGAUUUAGAACCUUCGAUUUCCAAAUGGAACUUCCUGUCCAGUGCCGAAUGGAAAGCAGAACUGAACCGCACUCCAAUUGGUCCUUGCGAGCCGAUCCCGGACGACCCAACAUCUUGGGUGCACAUGUCCAUGAGAGAAAUCGAAGAUGAGUUUUGGACGGAAACAUUAGAUUUUGAUGAUUACCAACCUGUUAUUGACGCUUUACAAGACAGUCUGGAGGGACGCAGCAAUGUGAUAGAGCCACAAAGGGCAGUAUUUCUACUGGACACCAACCACGUGCCUCUCGGGAUCAGCAAGACCCUUCUUGAGAAGCUCCACAAGUUCUACUUGGACUUAGAGUUGUAUGAAUAUGCAGAGGAGCUCGAAACGAUUGGAGCCAAAUUUGUGACAAAGAAAACCAUACAGGAAUGCCUGUGUAGCUCUGACUCGGAGAGUGAGUUAGCCGCCGACAUUCUGGAGGACGAACGACUACCAAGUUUUGUACGCCCCGUGGAGGCUGGAGUUAGUUAGUGCUCGCUACGGGGUCUAAGUACAACUAUACACUAAAAUCUACAUUAUAUAUAUUAUUUUUGUAUAAAAAAGUAAAUAUCAUUAAAAAAAUAGGGAAGAAAACAACAUAAUCUAUGUGUGUGUAUGAUUUUAAACAAGAAACAUCAUUCAUUGCGAUAUUGUUCACGAAAAUACUAUUGAUUGCAAAGAAUUUUUACAAUAUCCUGUUGACGCGAGUGUACCCAACAGCUGAUAGUAUCCUACAUAAUAAACUUCUGAUACACCGACCUACCAUGUUAUGUAUUCAGUGAAUGUAAAUUAUGCGUUUUUAAAGAGGAAACUGUACAUUUGAAAAGCUGUUUACCAUAUUUGGAGGUUUUCAUUAGUCUAGCAGUUUAUUGCUUGUACUAUUUUAUUAAGAAAAGUCAAAUUUAAAUUGUAGUUAUGUCAUCUGACAAUGAAAAUGUUUAAAAAAAACACCUUAAAAUUCAUGAAGGAGAUAUAUUGUAUAUUUCUACAUUGCCUGGCUUUUCAAAAUAGAAUUGAACUCAUUUGAGAUUACCAAUCUGGGGAUACACUACUGUGCGUGGAAUAGACGGCUCGCUUCCCUUCCCAUUAUAUAAUAAAAUCUAUAUUUGAUGUGUGGAAAAAUGAAACAUGUCUUUUUUCUAAAUUCUUUUAAAAGAUUAGUACUCGUUUGAAAUGUUGUCGUAUUUAAUUUUGGUACACCCGCAGCCUAAUAUAGAUAUUUUUUUCUUCGCUCUACAAAGGUAAAUAUUCGUAUAUUAAAUUUACUGUAAAACAAAAUAUUUGCGUUUUUGCUCUCAAUUUUCAAAUAUGCACGAGAAAUAGUACAUUUUCUGUGAUAGUAUACACACUAUUUUAUACAAGUUUUUACUGUUUGUAUACAUAUGGAUUAUACCUGCUUGUAGAAAAUAA